UGAUCUGUCAUCUGUGAUUUCAUCUUUAUUUACUCCUUGUUCAUGGAAUAUUAUUUAAAAUCCGGCGUUUUCGCUAUUUUUUACUAAAUUUACAUAUAGACCUAUAUAUUAUUAAUUCCGUGUGUAGUUAUCGAAAAUCAAAUAGUAAUUUACAAUAAAAUACCAUUUAAAAAUAUGGAUACUUUGUCGACACAAGCCGAGGAAUACGGAAAUGAUGCAACCCUGGAACAAGUCUGGGCUACGCUAGCUAUGGAACACAGCGAUAUACAUUUUAACGUCAUUUGCUCAGUAGAUACCAGAUGGCUGAAAUUAACGCCACAUGAUGAUUUAAUAUACACACACUUCAGACAAGAUUUUCCAGACUUAAAUGUUGCAAGUAUUAUAGAAAACGAAAUAAAAAACAAAGUUAACAAGGCUAAAUGGCGCGCAUAUUGUGAGAAAUUCAAAAAUACGGUGGAAGAUUACAAUUUUGGCACACUUUUAAGAGCAGAUACAAAGGGUGAUUAUUCGGAACAGAAUAUUAUAUUGGUUCCAAGAGUUCAGUUUUAUGCUAUAGAGAUAGCGAGAAAUCGUGAAGGUUUGAAUAAUGAAGUGAAGAAGCUCUUCAAGUGUGCUUCAAAGGCUCAUAUGGAACAACAUAAUCAUUUAACAGAAAUAUCAGCUUGAACAACACUUAUGUGGCAGAGUACUCGGCAGUACUGAAACUGACUUGCCAUUUUGAGAGACAAAAGACACUGAUCAAAUAUAUUAUUAAGAGUUGUAUUAUGUUGAUAGUUCACUUAUAAUCUCAUAAUUCAGUAAUGUUUCUAGAUAUUGCACAUAAUAAUAUGUAGUUGCAGUGAUUUCUAUUGAUGUCUUAACUAAAAUGCAAAAUAUCAGUUUUACAACUGUGAACCGUUUAAAUUAACAUUAAAAAAAUUAUUUUAAACUGUAAAUAAAUAAAAAAUUAACCCUUGACUGUGAGUUAUACUUAAACUCAGUAUAUUUUCACAUUUGUUCCUUGUCUGUGGUUAUAUUCACACCUCAAUGAGAAUUUGUGGUCAGUUUUACAUAAAUUCUAGUAACAUAAAAACUGUUAUUGUGUUGCUAAUGAUAAUUGAAGCUCCUGUAAACCAUUGAUAUAAUUUAUGCUUCAUACUUAAGAAAUAUCGUUAAUUUUUUUUAAUGGAAAAGAGGACAGAGAGUAUGGGUCAUCUGUUAAAUGAUCACCGCCACCCACAUUCUUUUGCAACACCAGAGGAAUCACAGGAGUGUUUCCAGCCUUUAAGGAAGGGUACACAUUUGUAUUUGUUUGUCAUUUAUUUGCCACAUUUUGAUGCAUGUCUGUUAGAUUGUUUGUAACACAAGUUUUGGCCAGCUGUACUAAACUCAUUUAGUCCAUGCUUAGCAUUAAUUGCAACAACACACAUUUGAGUGCUAAGCUUUGAUUAAAAUAUGCCUUCACAUGGAUUGUGAUAAUGUAUUAAUAAAGUCACAGUGACCUUUUACCACAAAGUUCACAAAAUAUUACAUAAUUUAUUUUUAGAACACAAUUCAAACAAUUAACCACUAAUCUAGCUAUAUAUAUAGAAUAUUCAUAAUAAAGAAAUUGAGGCCAUGAGUACCAUAACUACAUUUUACAUUAAAUUAAUCAUAUUUGUACAAAGUGAAUAAAUACAAGUUUAACAAAUUAAAUUACUUUUAGAACACUCUGGUUAAUAAUUAAUUUUAACUCUUGGAUAUUAUAAGAUUAUUAUUGCUAAAAUGUAGUUGGGGCCACUAUGGUUCUCAUAGUCUCAGUUAAUAAUAGAAUAAAAAUGAAAUAUCUGAACACAUCACUAUUGGAUGUAUUGCAAAAGUUUAGUCAGCUACUUCUCUUUUAAUUUUAUUUAUUAGAUUUAGAUUCAUUCAGUAGUAAUUAAUCCAGUGUUACUUUUACCCUGACUCAUAAUAUAUAAAACUAACAUAUAUCUUAAGUUAUUAUAACAUUAUAGUACUAAUUAUUUAGGUUAAAACUCAAGGUACCAUAAAUAUGCCUAAGGAACAUACAUCUCGAUAUUACGGCUAUCUUACAAGCAUAAUAAAAUUAUGUACAACAGGUACACUAGCUGCUAAAUAACUUUGUACAUAAAAAUAAGUCUGGACGUUUUGUUCCUUUGCCUCCGUAAUUUUUGUUGGAUGAGUAUUCCAGCUUUUUUUCAUUGCAUUUGUGGCCUUAUGAAUAAUUAUUUCAAUAAGUAUAAGCUAUUUUGAUGUUUCUUGUAAUUCACAAGAAAAUAUAUACAAUUGAAUUAUUAUAACUUUCGUGAGUCAUUAUUAAAUUAUUUAUUAAUACAUCUUUACUGACGUUUUUUUUCGGUGUCGGUACAGACUAGUUUUGCUCCAUUUGGAGGUCCUUCAUCAGGGGUGUGUGUGGUGGGUUUGCGAUAACGUCCCACCUCUUAGUGUAAGUUAGUGGUCCGAAACUAGUCGGUACCGACACAGACAAAAAUGUGAGUAAAGCCGUAUUAAUAAAUAAAAUACAUACAAUUAAUGUACCAAAGUAUGCACAGUUUAAACAUAAAUUACAUAGGAACUACUCCUAGGGGUCCCUUUCACAACAAAUUUUCUAAAUAAACAAUAUUAGCUCUUGUUAAAUCCACUGCUCAUAGUAUAAAUAAUAACUGCAUGGGAAUAAGUUGAUAUUGUACGGAUUUAAUAAAACACAUAUUGAAUAAAAUUGUAACAUGUAUUAAUUGAAUUUUUAUAAUGUAUGUAAAAAAUAUUUUUUUAUUUGGAUGUUAUUAAUAAUUAAAUCCAAAAUUAUCAUAUGUAAAUCUGAUAAAGAUAAUACAAAAUAAUUUUAUGGGUUUUUAGCAGUAGCAUAGACUAAGAUAAUUUGUAUGUCUAGAUAGAGCAUGCUGCGAGACAACUGAUGAAAACAAGCCAAAAUUAUUACUUUAGUGUGUGUGCAAUGCUCAAAAUAGAGGUGAAAUGUCAACCUCAAUUUAUUUCACAGUUGUCACAGUCUAUCUAGAUAUAUAAAUGAUCUAAGCAUAGACCCAUACUUUGUGUUGAUGGUUCACAAAAAAUGUUAUUGUAUCCACUACUAAAGUUCCUUACUAAGGCACUUACUCCUGUUAACCUUUUGUGUUACUAUGAUAAUCCUAAAAAUUGAAUAUCAAUUGUUUAAAACCAAAAUAUUCAUAGUAUUUAAGGUAAGCUAAGAAUUAAUGCCAUAAUCUUAGUAUGUUUUAUGUACUGGAAGGAAAAAAAUGUAUGAGGUGCUCAAUUGCUCAUGCAUUUUUUGAUAAUAAAUUUUUAUUAAACA